AUGGCGUUGCUAUGCAAUGAGGUACUACCCGAGUCGCAUACGUGGGCGCGGCGACCAACAGCAUGGGGCAGCCGCGCAUUUGGGCACAUGAUCCCCAACAAAUCCAUGGAGGGCACGCUUGCUGACUCGAAUGCGUCAAAUUCUUCGGAAUCUGAUUUCGCUGACGAAUUGGAGGACGAUGACUACGACGACAGCGAUGUUGGCCGCCCACCGGUCAAGGCGUUCCUGGACCUGCUGCUCAUUGACGCUGGCGCUCUGCUUGACAUGCUAAGCGCGCACUGGGGCGGACAGGCCCGCGCGCCCGUGAGCGGCCCGGAGCAGAAUGCCGACGACACGAGCGAGUUUGAGAUGAUUCUGGAUGAGGCUGGCCUUGGCGAUGGCGAGACAGGGUUGGAGCACGAUGGCGAAGUGCUUGAUGAAGGGCCUGUCACAGACCCGUUUGGGUUUGUGGUGGAGCGCGUGAACCCUGUUGCGCAUGGGUACCUCGACAUCUCCUUUGGGCCGCAGCAAGUUGAUCAGCUUGCGCUGCAGGACGUGAACUUGGCGCUGCGGCUGGCGGCUGUGGAGAACAGCAUCUCGCACAUCAGCGCGUUGAUCGAGAAGGGUGCGGUGGCCAACGGAAGCGACCACAACCGCGAACUGAGUGCCGUGCACCUUGCGGCCAAGCACGGCUGCACGCAGGUGCUGAAGAAGCUUGCAAAGCACACGACCAUGAAUCUGCGGUCGCCCAUCUCCCACUCCACCCCGCUCCACCACGCCGCGUUGGCCGGGCAUGUGAGCGCUGUUCGCUGGCUGCUGUCGCACGGAGCUGAGGUGGACGCCGUGGAGUGCCAGGGCUUCUCUGCGCUGCACUUUGCUGCCAUGCGCGGGCAUGUUCAGGUUGUUCGGCUCCUGCUGGAGCACGGUGCGUCGAAGACGUGCGUGGACCGCACGCUCAUGUGGCUUCCGCUGCACUGCGCGUGCAUGGGUGGCCAUGUUGAGACGGCGCUGCUGCUGCUGUCACCUGCGCCAUGCGCCGAGGUGCACACGGUUGACAUUCGCGGACGCACCCCCCUGCACCUGGCGGCCUUUGGUGGAUCGCUGGAGUGCACGCGUGCGCUGCUGCAAUAUGGAGCAGACGUUGACGCUGAGGACCAAGAUGGCGCAUUGGCAGUCGACAUUGCACGGCGCCGGCGCCAUGGCGCCGUGGUGGCGCUGUUGGAGCAGCAACAACAGCGCUCGCUGCUGCCAGACUAUCUGCAUGCGCCGCACGACUUGUACAGCGAUGACGAGUCGGUGCAUGAGGACUAUCACCACGGUGUGGGCCAUGAGCAACAGCAGCAAUCAACAUUGCCGGUUUACCUGCAUGUGCCGUCGGAUUUGCACAGCGAGGACGAGUCUGUGCACGGUGGGCUGACGCCGACCGAGAGCGAAGACGAGGAAUGGGAAGAGGAGGAAGAGGAAGAACAAGAGGAAGAACAAGAGGAGGAGGAAGAGGAAGAGGAAGAGGAGGAGGAAGAGGAUCAGCAGCAGGCGGAGCUGGACAUGCUCAUGCAAAUGGGAUCCUUCUCGCAAGGCAACAGCACCACUGAAGGUGCAGGCAAUGAUGAUGGCGACGACGACGUGUUGGACUUGGAUGCUCUCGCUGACGCUGACUUCGAUGAAGAUCGAGCGAAUGAGUCCGAAGAUCGCGGCUACCGGCUAACAGGGUCUGACGACGCACUGCAGCGGGGCGAAGAAGACAUGUACGACAACGCCCAGCUUGCAGCUGACAGGCUUGCAGCUGAGGUUGAGGAAGAGCUGGAGCAAGCCCUUGGGCUUCUGCAGCGCCUGAGCGAUUCCGUUGCGGGCGCGGAGGCACAGCGCCAGUGGGAGUUACAACGCCUGCUGGUAAAGUCGAGGGAGCAAGAACAAGCGGCAAGGCUGCGUGCUGAAGAGGAGGAACAGCGGCGGCCUGGCCGUCUUGGGCAGUUUGACUUCAGCAUUCGUGAGCGCGAGCGACAACUGCGAGAUGUGGGCAAGCUGCCGCCACACAUGCUCGCGUUGUUCGACCCCAACAACGAACAUUGAUGCGCGUGUGUUUGAAAGAGUGUGGGUGAGUGGAAGGGUGAGAGUUUGAGAAAGUGUGUGUGUGAGUGAGUGAAACAGAGAGAGAGAGAGAGAGUGUGUGUGUGUGUGAGAGAGUGGGGAGAGAGAGAGAGAGAGAGAGAGAGA